AAGGAAGCAUUAUUCUGAAUUGUCUGCUCCAAGGGAAUACAUCUCAUCUAGCUGAGUCAGGUCAAGUUUGCAUAUAUCACAUGCAGGAUGGACAAACUUACCUUUCCAAUUUUCCCAGCUGCAGACUUGGUUAAUUUUUUCCGUCAGAAUAUUCUCACUGGCACUGAAGCUAAAAAUUUCAACAAAAAUGACAUAUAUCCCAACCCCAAGCCUGACAUGGUGCAAAAACUUUACAUGAGAAUCCUGCAACAGGUUUUCAGUUAUGGCGUUGAACAAUUUUAUAUGGUGCCCAUGGAUCUUGACAUUCAGUAUCCACAUCUCGUUGAGGGUUUUGCACCUGUAGCCAAUAUUCUGAAGCUCAUGGCACGCUUCUUACCAAUGUGCAGAGUGUAUGAUUUCCAUCCUUCUGAUGUCCUGAAUCCCAAAGGAAAACGUACUCUCCAUUUGCUAAGUGGGAUUGUCAACUUCCUCCACUUCAGUGCUACACGGAAGGAAGUUUAUAUGGAAUACUGCUUAAGCUAUAAAUCUGCUUUGGACAAUGUGCGGCAGCUUCAGAAGACAAAUCAAGAGGCAGAAAUCAAGAUAGAAAAACUCACGACUGUUCCACCUGAGCAGCAAGCAGAGUUUAAAGCACUUUCUGCUGAAAUCCAUGAUUUGCAACAGAUAAUAAGUCAGGAAUACCGUGCCAAGGAUGUUGUGUUUCAAGAGAAAAUUGCUCAGCGAAAAACUGAAUUUGCAGAAAAGAACAAAAGAUUGAAUGAACAAAAGUUGGCUAUUGCGACCAUGAAGGAAGAGCAGGAGCGUAUGAAAUCACAGAUUGUGGAAUCUCCAGAACAACGCAAAAGUAAAACUGAGAGGAUGAAGGAAACUGUUCACAGACUGAAGCAAUCCAGGCAAGAGACAAAUGACAAGUGUGAUAAUUAUCGGGACAGGGUGGCCCUGGCCUGUAUGUGGCAGUCCGAUGUGCAAGGAUACAUAAAGAAGCUGCAGAGCAUUGACGCCAACCUUGAGAUACACAGAAAAAUUCGUGAGGAGAUCCGACACAGCGAAGAGCAGGUUGUGAAUUUAAACUUAGAGCUCAAAUCUCUAUCUAAUGAAGAUGCUCAGCUCAAACGAAUCAUUCUUGUAAAGAAAGAGAAGCUUGCAAAAGUAGACAUUAAAAACAAGAAAAAACAGGAAGACUUCAGCCAACAGAAGCAGGAAAUUCUAGAGGUCUGUAGCCAUAUCCAGGAGAAGAGACAGGCGGUACAUGGGCGUGUCGCUCAGGUUCUUCAAGAAAUUCAGCAAACGAUGAAUAAAAAAGAGCAGCUUCUAGAAACAACAGAAGCAGGGCAGAAGAAAUGUCAGGAGGUUAUAACAGAUUUUCGAGCUGCACUAGAAAAAUACCAUGACAGUUUGCAGAAGGCAUCUGAGCGCAGUGCUGACCGGAAAAGAGAGAAAAUUGCAGAGCUCAAUCGAAGGCUGAGUCGGCGGUAGAUGACUGCACUAUCUAGAAUGUUUUUCGUUUUUCUAUGUGUUUAGCAUUUGUGCAAUUAAUCUUAUAUAUUUCAUUUUUUUAUAUAUAGAAUGAAUUUAUUUCAAAUGUAAACUUAUUUCAUACACACCAUUUAAUAAAUACUCAUUUGGUA